CCCCUUCCCUGCUGCCUGGCGUCGCGGGGGCACUCGGUCCCGCGUCCCCUCGUCGUGCCCGUGGCCCGCGGGCCGUGCCGCGCCGUCCACCAUGGUGGACUACUACGAGGUGCUGGGCGUGCCCCGCCAGGCCUCGUCCGAGGCCAUCAAGAAGGCGUACCGCAAGCUGGCGCUCAAGUGGCACCCCGACAAAAACCCCGAGAACAAGGAGGAGGCGGAGAGGCGGUUCAAGCAGGUGGCCCAGGCCUACGAGGUGUUGUCAGACGCCACGAAGAGGGACGUCUACGACCGGUACGGCGAGGCCGGAGUGGAGGACUGCGGCGGGGGCGGCGGGCCCUUCCGCGACCCCUUCGAGCACGUCUUCACCUUCCGCGACCCGGCCGAGGUCUUCAGGGAGUUCUUCGGCGGCCGGGACCCAUUUUCCUUCGACUUCUUUGGAGACCCGCUGGGGAACCUUGUGGGCGGUCGGAGGAGCUCCCGGAGAAGCAGAAGCAGGGGGACCGCGCCCUUCUUCACCGCCUUCAGUGGAUUUCCAGUGUUUGGGGGUGGUGUUUCUUCUUUUGAUACAGGAUUCAGCUCCUUUGGUUCCCUGGGGAAUGGAGGCCUUUCUUCCUUCGCCAUGUCUUAUGGUAGUGGUGGGACCGGCAACUUCAAAUCCAUGUCGACUUCCACCGAAAUCGUCAAUGGCAAAAAAAUCACCACCAAGAGAAUCAUUGAGAAUGGCCAAGAAAGGGUGGAGGUGGAAGAAGACGGAGAGUUAAAGUCCCUGGUCAUAAACGGCAGAGAGCAGUUGCUACACAUUGACACCAAGUAAUUCCAGUCCAAGUUGAAUUGAAAAAACAUCGUGAGGAGCAGCAGGACUUUUUUUUUUUUUUUGAAGAUUGCAAGUGCACUCUACUUUCAGAACAACUGUACUCGAGAAUUUAUAAGCAGUUCAUGCCAA